AUGGGUUCAUUCCUCUCAUCCGAAGUCCCACCACCCCGUCCAGCCAAAAGAUACCUACUUUCCUUUCCAGAGGAGGACUUCCCUGAAGAAGCAAGCACAGCCCCCGAGGACGUACAAGACUGGUAUUCUCACUUCUUCGAAACCUUAUUCUGCCUCCCUCACAAGGAUGGCAAGGCCAUCCUUAUUCUGGAAGCGCCCGAAGACAUUGAGCCCGACUCCCGAGCAAGACCGGGUUGGGCGCGUAAGCGCUUAAGAGGAGCGUAUGAGCUUCUUGGAGAGGGACAUCCCAGGAUCGUCCGCUAUCUCGGGCCACUGGAAAGCGACAUUGGCGUCAUUGUCGAGAGGCUCGAGCCCGGGCCUAUUGAGUGGACCUCGCUUCCAGCACUGACUGUGCCUCUCCCACAAGAUCUGUCACGCAACGACCUCUUGCUGCUGAGUCUGUAUUAUCGAUGGGCAUUACAGGUACUUUCAGCGUUGCAAUUCGCUCACUCGCGAUCCGUUUUCAUCCGAAACUUUUGUGCGGAGCUUGUGUGGCUCCGAUCAGAUUUCUCGCUCGCAAUCACGGGCUUCCUUGCUGCAUCGGCGCCGCAGAUUGAGGAUGAGAGCAGACAGGAUGGCAUUGCUAGCGCGAGGGAACGCCUACAGGAUCCUGCGCACCCGAACCCGAUGUCGCUAGAAGAGUUUGAUCGUAGAGUUAGGGAGGAAGGGUAUGCGCCGUGGCCGUUUAGCGAGGGCGAAUGGAUCAUAGAUGGAAGCGUGACCGAUACUUACCAAGGAGAUGAGGAACAUGGGAGUGUCAAGGAAGACUUGUACUAUUGGGCUAAAUUCGUCAAAUACCUCGUCAACAACGUCUUCGCAGAUGCAUCCGCGUCGCAAGAUGACAUGUCUGACGAAAUUGAAGAUGCGCGCCUGGGCACCAUUAUCGCCAACGCUGAAAACGGUCGCUACAAGGAUGCCGCUGAGGUUAUGAAAAAGGUCAAAACUGCGGCUUCGAACAUGAGAAUCAAGAUUGUGGGUGAUGAUGAGGUCGAUAUUGGUGGUGAGUGGGAAGAUGUCUUCGAGGUUUGUGAGAGGCAGCUGCGUUUCCGCCAGGAGGAAUAA